AUGGCAGAUUCUGAUGCUUCAUACAUACAUAUGGUGCAACACUUGAUCGAGAAGUGUCUGAUCUUCCGCAUGACCAAAGAAGAGUGCAUGGAAGCCCUCUCCAAACAUGCAAAUAUUUCACCUAUCAUCACGUCAACAGUGUGGACCGAGUUAGAGAAGGAAAACAAGGAAUUCUUCGAGACAUAUGCACAAUCUCAAAGAGACAAGGAUAGAAUGUCUGAGGAAGAGACAAACCAAAUGAUCCAACGGAUGAUCUCGGAAUCCUCGAAAGGGGACCCUAAAAACUAA